AUGGUGUCAAACACUACCAUUCCCAGUUUCCGUUCAACAUCGUUGCGCAUAAUUGGAGCUUUGAUUGCGAUGACGUUGCUGUUGUGGACCAUCAGAAGUGGAUAUCAAACUGCAACUGAUCAACCUAGGCACCAAUUAUAUGGCCAAUGGGUUUCACAUGUUGGAGUCUUGAUUAUGCUUUUUGGUUUCUUGCUUCUGGCUACUGGGUUGCCUAUAAUUGCAGACUUGCUUUUUGGGUUGUCGGAGGAGCUACAAUAUCCAGAGGAAAUUGAUCUUCAUCAGAGCACCAUCGACCUGAAAAUAAAAGUUGAUGCUUGUAUCUAG